AUGCCUUCAUCUAUUAUCCCCAAAGCGAUGUGGGAUGAACUUUUAAUUGUUUCCUAUCUAUUCUUUGAGUCUCUUUCUUCCCCAUCAUCUUGUUCUUCCCCACCUGUCUCUCUCGAUCGAACAACCCCUGCUCAACUGCUGAACACCGCCGAGCCACCUUCAAUUCUUUCAUCACUUCCUUUCAAUGAUUUGAGUGGUGAAAUCCCUUCUGGAAUUUGGGAUAUGGAGAAAUUAAAAUUGAUUGAUCUUGAAGGUGGUUCUACUCUUCGGUUGCGUUUCACUGCGUUUGUGGAUCUCCCUCCGAUUCACAAAUUGUUUUCGAACAAACAAAGAACUAGAACUUGUCAUAUACCUGAUAAUUUCACCUUGCCUUGCGUGAUCAAAGCUUGCGUCGGAGCUCUGAAUUUGAUAUGUGGGCAGGUGGUUAACGGGAUGGGCGUGAAGACAGAUUUGAUCUCAAAUGUUUUUGUGGGUAAUGCGUUGGUUGCAAUGUAUGAGAAAUUUGAACUUAUUGAAGAUGCAGUUAAGGUGUUCGACUUUAUGCCUAAAAGAAACUUGAUCAACCUUCUUAAACUUGCACAUUUUGCUGUUAUAGUCUCCAGGCAAUAUUCAAUUAAAGAAGUUGACAUAAGCUAUCUGGAAGGAGUGAUUGAAAAGCUCUGA